CAGGUGAGAUCGGCAAUGAUAUAAAUCUGGGGUAGCACUCGGACAAUUUAGUACCUUUUUGAAUCCGAUUGAGGGUGUGCAACGUCGAGAUAAAUCUUUGUAGUUGUUCAGUCCAACGAAAAAAAAUCAAAAGAAAUCAAUAUGAAAAUAACAUUGAUUGUGUUCCUGUCGUUAGUUACUUUGGUGAUUUGCGGCGACAAUCCACCCAAAGACAAGUGCGUAUGCACAGAGCGACAAUGCACAGAUACAUCAUGUGAAGAUAAACAUUGUCUUUGCAUUAUUAAAGCAAUUAAGAAUCUUUUAGCACAACCACAUCUAAACUACCCAAAAAAAUGGUUAGAGUUCUACUUGAAAAUCAUCCAAGAACGUUGUCUUUGCAUUCGAAGAUGCCAAACUAUCUGUAGCCCGAAAGAACUUAUUGAAUGUACAACCCAUGCAUUCGAAGUGUUUUAUUGCAAAUUCCACAAAUGGCUUGCCGGAAUUUCUGGAGACAAAGGAUAUAAAGAUUUCAUUAAGGACAUCCAACAUAUUCUCCGAACUUGUCUCAACAAAGAUUGUAAACCAAUCUGCUCCGGUGACGAUGGCUGCAAAGCAUUCAACAUUAAACCAAAAGACUGCGGCUGCACAAAACGAUGUGUUGUGAAAUUCCUUCAAGAUUUCGCCAAAUCUUUGGAAAAUGAAUUUGCUAAAGAUUCAAUCUCCAAUCUGGCUUUGUAUGCAUCAGCAUUCUACGAUCAGCGCAUGAACUGCGAGCAUAUUAAAAAUGAAAACCAACGAGAACUGUGCAUCGAAACGGCAGAAAGAGAAAUUAACCGUAUCCGUGAUGCUAUCAAAGACGAAUUGAUCACAGAAUUGGGAGUUUGCAGAGCUAUCGGCAUUAUGAGUGCUGUUGACCAAGGUAUUGGUGGCUGCGCCUUCGAAAAGAAGUAGAAAUCAGUUCAACCGAAAAAAACAAAUUUCUCACUCACACCCCCCCCCCCCCCAACAUUGAUGAACUCGACCAUUAUUUUUCUCAAUACGCAAUUUCUCUCCAUUCCAAUGUAAUUCUUCUUUCAAAAAAAAAUUAGUGUUUAAUAGAGCCGUAAAUCAUUUCCCUAUGGACAAAAACAAAUACCUUCUCAUGUGAACUUCUACCUAUGAAAAUCUUCGUCUAUAUGGACGUUCGAGAACAAGGAGUUCAUAUGAUAAAACAGAUUUAUCAUUUUUCUUUCUACAUUUAUUUUACUCUUUUUUUCUUUGUCUUCUUCUUCUUUUCAAUAAACAUUUAUGUGCAUUUUGAA